AGUUGGAAAAGUGGUCGUGUUAUGGUUUUAUUCUAUGAAUUUCACAAUGUGAAAAUGUGUGAAAAGUGUGGAGGAACUUUUAACUUUAGCGCGUGUUGUUAGUGUUAUAGUGUGUGGUUGAUUGUUAAUUUAUAAGUGACAAUGCAUAAAUACUAUUUAUCGGUUUUAUUAGUACGCUUGGUAUUGCCGGCGUCACUUCUCCUCAGUAUCGCACUUCGUCCAUUCGGCCUUUCGCUAAUAUAUUUGCUGCUGUACUUAAUAGCACCGUUUCCACAAGUCCCGGAUUCGAUAACUUUUCGAGGUUUCCGAGGAAAAUACCUUCAGCUCAAUUUCGUGGUGUCAUCAUUACUUUUACUAGUUCAUGCAAUAUGGCACAGUGUUCUCGCGGGGUUUGCACCAUACGGCCGGCUACUCGAAGAGUACCCAAUCAUUCAAAAGAUUGGUUACAACCUAGGCCUCGUGUCAUACAGUGGGAUAGAUCCACUAAUGGCAGUCCAUUACCUAGCACCUGAGCUAGUCGUCUUCGGUUUAUCAUUAGCAGUAUAUUUAGUAGUCCGCACACUUCUUAUUGGAUCUCCUACUGAUGAAGUUGUGAGGAAAGACUCAAAACACCAGCGAUUCCCUCUUCUUACUAGCGCAGGAAAGUACAUCGCUUUAUUUCUAUUGAUGUUCUCCGGUAUAAUGCGGCCGAGUGUGACAUCGGGCAUAUAUUUUCUGGUGUUCAUGGGAGCAGCCACGGCGUGGGCUGUGGGCAGGCCUUUAGAACGUGCCUUUGCCGUGGUGACCCGAUGCGUCAUGUCCAUCAUGGGAAUCCAUAUAGCUGUGCUCUUGGUUUAUCAAUGCACUUGGCUUAUAGACAUAUACCCGCCAGAUGAAGAUUUUGCUAGAUACUUUGGUCUCACAAAAUUAGUAAUUCUUAACGAGACGGAUUCCGCAAGUUUCGCAUACGAGGUGACAGAUGACUACAAGUGGGCAACACUGGCCAGUCCUCUAGUCAUUCUCUUCUCUUACUUCUUUCUUGCUCUUGAAACACGAGAACUGUUGAAACCAAAGGCAAAGAAAAAAGGUGUAUUAACCGGCCUUGAAGCGGGCAAGGUGAAUGGUUCACUGGUGCGAGGGGUAUCCUUCCAUCGCAACAGCCGACAAGCUCCCCGGGACAACUGGAAAAGCGCCACUAAGAAAGUUCGCGUUGCAUAUACAUACAUAAAUUCCAAAGCACUUCGUGGGGACACCAGUGAAUAUGAUCCUCUACUACGCAAUAUGAGUCCGAGCAAACGUUGGUCAAGUCGUGGAGGGUCGGUAUCACGCGCGCUCCAUCAGGACUCCACUGGCUCCGUCGUCGUCCCUGAUGAAGAAUCGAUAAUGGAAGAUGAAGAACCAUCUUUACUGGAUGACAUUGUGGCAGCUAUUGUGGACUUCUUUCAAGUAUUAAUCAGGUCAUCCUACAUCGCAACAACGAUAACUAUGAUGGCAUGGAGUAUAAUGUUUCACUCUUGGCUGACAUUUGUCUUUCUGAUGUGGGCUAACGUCGUAUGGCUGUGUCAAGACCAGCGGUCGUUCAUGCUAAAGACUAGCCCAGUGCUGGUGUUUUACGCGAUGUUGCUGCUCAUAGCCCAGUACAUAUACGGCAUGGAUCUUACUGAGGCCGAAUUGCCGUCAAAUAUUACGGAGGUAAAUCUACGUCAAAUAGGCUUAGGAAGGGCGGAUGGUGAGCCGUGUGUGCCAUUGCUCAUCAAGUCACUCUUCACGUUCAUGUUCUGGGUGACGCUUAGACAGCGCGUGCAGGAGAUGCGCCAGCGACGUCAAUCGACUGUCAUUACGGAUAUGGCCGCGCCUUUACAUCUAGCUGUUUCUACAGCUGCCAGUGCAGCGGAAGCGUCACGCGAAGAAGAGCGUCGUUCUAGACUGUUAAUCGCACUGGGCGCAUGGAUGCGGGCCGCCUGUGCACGAUACUGGAUUUAUGUCGUGGUCAUUAUGCUAUUCGUCAUAGGCAUAACCGGAGACCGUAUGACCAUCUUCCGCAUCAUCUAUAUGUUCCUAUUUCUAGUCUUCAUACUCAUGUUCCAGAUAAGUUGGUACUGGUGGCGACGUUUGAUGUACAUCUUCUGGAUAACAGUCAUCAUAUACUCAAUGAUAAACCUCAUACUGAUAUACAUAUACCAGUUCGAUAAUUUCUCUAAAACAAUUGAAACUUACCUGUAUAUCAAUGAGAAAUUACAGCAUGAUUUGGGCUUGGAGCCAUAUCAUCCAGCAGAUUUGUUCGUGAAACUGUUAACACCUACUCUGUUCUUAAUAAUCACGAUAAUGCAGGUGCAUUACUUCCAUAAGGAUUUUAUGGCGUUAUCCGAUCCGAAAACGAGAACGAACAGUCUUGUUAAAGAAGGUGAAUCGAGCCGACCAAGUGGUGGCGCAUCCACUAUGCAAGGGGAUUUACCUCCAUUACCUCUGGAAGGGCGACCUGCAACCCCCCAGCCGCGCAGCGAUAGCGACACCGAGGCCGAACAGUCGAUGGGGACGUCAUCUUUCAAUACAGCUGCUAAGAAAUCCAUGUAUAGAAAGUCCUCACGCAGUCGAUCGUACGCGGCCACAACUUCGGAUCGCAGAUCGUUCAUGUCCGCACUGCGUACAUUCGUGGCGAGCAAGUGCGGCGCGUUGCGACGCAGUCUGGGCGCCUGGAUUGAUAAAACGUUCGUGUUCCUCGACAUACAUCUAGUCAAGAUCAUCUUCUUGUCGGUUUUGUUGCUCUGCGUGUUUGACGUUUCGGCCAUGCAUGUUCCCAUUAUGAUAAUAAUUGCGCCUGCGCUUCUAAUUAGCGCUCGUAGACAACGCAUUUGCAUACUGUUCAUAUCAACUAUUGUCAGUAUUUACUUUAUGGCGAAGAUGAUUUACCAGAUUGAGUACAUAAAACACAGCUACUUUGAUGUCAACUGUACAAGAAUUGAUAAUGGUACAGAGAAUAUCACUACCUACAAUGACGCGGAAUGGGUCGGGUUCCGCAAAGCAACGUCUGAUAAACCAUUGGUUGUUUUGCUGAAGGGAUAUAUCGGCCUCAUUGCCGUAUUUACCUUCUACUCUUUGGUUACCUAUAGACAAAAAAAUCACAGGGAGAUGGGAUUGUUGCCAAGUAAUAAGGAGAAAGUAAUGUUCCCAAAUAUUACUCGCAAGGAAGCGGACAAAGAUAUGAUCCACUGUGUCAAGUACUUGAUGAACUACGGUUUUUACAAAUUUGGCGUCGAGAUAUCACUGAUCUGUUUAAUGGGCGUCAUCGGUUCGCGGAUGGAUCUCUACGCUGUGAUCUAUUCCGGAUGGCUGCUAGCGCUAGUGGCCGCUAGGAGAGCGUGUGUCGCGCGUCUGUGGCCCGCCUUCACCGCGUGCGUCACUGCUUUAGUACCAAUACAGUACAUGAUCGCGGUUGGGUUUAUACCUUACUUGUGUAUUAACUUCCCUUGGAGCGGGGAGUCGCAGCAAAUGAAACACGUUCGCACCUGGCUAUUCCUGCCAUACAACGAACAACCGCCGCAUGCUGUCAAACUGAUCUUCGACUUUUUCUUACUACUGUUUGCCUCGCGACAGCUGAGAGUGUUCCGUAUAGAGAAAGCUCAGGGCGAAAAUUACCCGGGAGGUUCCAAUAGUGAAGACAUCGGCAAAGAUUGGGAGACCCCUAAUUUCGUAAAUCCUGUCCCAGACUUUUUAGGAUAUGUUGGGUCAUGGUUGGAUGUAAUAAAGCGCAUGGUGUUCCUGGGCAUGCUGUGGGUGACACUUGCCAUAAUGUUUAUGACAGGCACAAACCGUGUCAACCUGUUCUCCAUGGGCUACCUCAUUGGGUCCUUCAUAUUUUUGUGGCAAGGGACAGACUUUUAUCUGCGUCCAAAAGAGGCUAUUUUGCAAUGGUGGUCAUGGCUAGUCCGCUACAACGUAGCAGUCGUAGUUAUAAAGGCGCUACUGCAGAUCCCAGGCUGUAUGUUCAGUACAGCGAUGCAGGAUAAUGCAUGUUGGCUCGUGCAGUUGCUCGGAAUCGGCUGCGUGGACAAAUUCGCCGGCGGCAAUAUCGCCCGGUUUCUUAAGAUGCGUUAUGAUAAGGAGUCUAUUUGCUCUGUACCUCAAGAGGACAUUGGUUUAGCAUGGGACGGAGUCUGUUUCGCUUUUCUCAUCCUGCAAAGAAGAUUGUUCCACAGUUACUACUUCUACAGAGUUAUUGAUGAGAGCAAGGCCACUACUGUACUCGCUUCCAGAGGAGCAGAUUUAAUAGAAGAAUUAAGGCUGAAACAAAUGACGAUUCAAGAAGAGCAGGAGGUCAAAAUAUUGGAGAAGAUCAAAGUCAAGAUGGAGAGAAUAAAGGCUAACCAAAAGAAGAUACAGGGUGUUAUGUCCAAGGAACCUGGGCAUCACGAUGCAGACGACGAAGAAGAAGCAGAAGAAGAGGAAGAGGAAACUCAACCGGGAGAAUCGGAACAAGUGCCGCUCGUUCGUGGCGAUUCAGAAGAAUCUCGCCGUGGUUACCACACGCCCGCCUCCCCUUCCCCACCAGGCUCCCCAACCUCCCCUUGCCAUUCAGCCCCGCCCUCCCCGCGAGGUUUCCACACUCCGCUCAGCGAAGCAUCCGCACCUUCCACUCCAGUAAAACCAACGCUCCCCGCUCUACCACCCCCGCCUUUAACAGCACCACCUUCACAAGGUGGCCCUCCCUCACCAUCUUCCGCCUUAAUGACAGUUUCCCUCGACGCGUAUCUCGAACCUAGACGAAUCUCCUUCGAAUCCCCACCGUCUUCAGAACUCAUUCCUCGCGCCCAAAGCCCUGAGGAAUCCUACCCAGUGUUCUCUCCUCCUCCGAUUCGCCGGCGGCAUACAGUGGCUAGCCCGAGCUUACUUCAGAGGACCUCAAUAAUUUCGCAUUCCAGCCGCGCCGAACCUAACUCGCAUCAUACUUCGGUGCGUUCCGGAGACUACUACAUGUUCGAUGAGUUCGAUGACACCGAUGUUCAUUUGAAAGAUGAUGAAUCAAGUUCAGACGAAGAUGCGCCGAAAACGAUGGGCUUUGGAAAGCUGGUGUCGACUGCUAUCAAGACGGACCUGCGGCGCGCCGUGUCGCUGCGCCGCGCGUCCGCGCCCGCCGUGCGCUCGCACGACCCCACGCGCGCCUCGUCCGUUACCUACCCCUACUCCUAUCCCCAUCAGAUGACCGGAAUAUCACCCAGAACCGAGAGCGUUCGCCCCGGAGACGUGGAUGUUAGAAUAGAGGAGCCAGAUCGACCCGGACCCGCUUCUGAUGUUGACGAAUUUGCGCCACCACCAGAACAAGAGACAUUCAUUGAUAAAGUGAAAGGUUUCUUGGAUACUGCGGGCGCAUUCAUAUCAAGCAUUCUGGUUUCUCUGACGCGACACCUCAUGAAAUAUUCACGGGACUACAGAUACGUGUCUCGUACACUCUCAUUAGAGAAGAAGAGAUUAAAGGAAAAAGAAGGUUUUGGCAUCGGAUUAAGGGAAGGCUCUCAAAUGAUUUGGGAACCGUUGCCGGAGACAUUAUUGCAUCAGGAAAUGGAACAUGUGGAGCAAUCUAACACCAAUCUACUGGCGCCGCCCGUAGAUAUGGGCCGUAAGCUAAGUGAGAUUAGCGUGCCGGAGAUCCGUAUAUUGGCGGCGAGUAUGGAGCGCGGUCUGGACUCGCGCUCCUCCUCGCCCGCGCUGUCUGACGACACCUCGGAACACGAGAGCGCCUUUAGCUUGCAAACCAGCGAAAGCAAGGAUGUAACAAUGCUGGAAGAACAAGACGACUCAAUGUUUAAACAACAAAAAUCGCCGCUUGUGCACCUCGCUUACGCAUUGUGGUUUGCAGUGCUGGCACAUACAGAUAUUGUCUGCUACAUUAUGGUGUUUAUAAACCAGAUCCAGUCAGCUACGAUUCUUUCAAUUCCGUUACCACUUAUGGUAUUUCUGUGGGGGACUUUGACGAUACCACGUCCGACCAAAACAUUCUGGGUAACACUAAUUGCGUACACUGAGGUUAUUGUUCUGAUAAAAAGUAUGUUCCAAUUUGAAAUUCUGCCGUGGAACCAGAAGGCGAUACCGGCCAAUAUGCCAUUCACGGCACCAAGGAUAAUAGGAAUCGAAAGGAAGUUCAAUUAUGCCCUCUACGAUUUGCUUCUUCUACUCAUUAUAUUUUUGCACAGAUUCAUGCUAAAAUCUCUGGGUUUGUGGAAAGAGUCCACCCCAGAAGUGGAACUGCGAGAGGAUAUGGAAUAUCCCUUGAGUUCUGAAGACACGCAUCUGCUAGUAGCUGGUCGCGGGACGGAAGUGGGCCGCAAGUACCUCGAAUUACAUGAAAAAUCUGGCCCACCACAAGACGGUGAUCAAAACACAGAAUUAAACGUCCCACAAAUAAGAGGAGAAGAAACAAAAGAACCACCCGAAGAUCGCACAGAACGAGAAGAGCAAGCCGGACCUUCGCAUGCUGCCGACGACGACCAUUACAAGGUUAACGAUGAUCAAGAACCAAUUAUUGCAGUAGCAACUACGAUGGAAGAUAAAUACUCCCACUAUCCUCAAGUUCUGUUACUUUCGAUAAAGCGCUACCUUCGACCUACUAAAGACUUCUUCCAGCGAAUGUUGGCACCGGGAGCGCGCGUCACUGCAGAUAUUUAUGCGUACAUGUUCCUUUGUGACUUCUUCAACUUUCUUGUCGUCAUAUUUGGCUUCGCCGCCUUUGGAACUCAUCAAGGCGAUGGAGGAGUCCAAGCAUACUUAGAAGAGAACAAAGUGCCGAUCCCCUUCCUGAUAAUGCUUAUCCUGCAGUUCGUUCUGAUAGUGAUCGACCGCGCGCUGUACUUGCGCAAGUUCAUGCUCGGCAAGAUCCUGUUCCAAUACAUGUUAAUCAUCGGCGUACAUAUUUGGAUGUUCUUCGUACUCCCAUUUAUCACUGAGAGAACGUUUAACACAUAUCUGCCGCCGCCGAUGUGGUACAUGGUGAAGUGCGUCUACCUGCUGCUGUCGGCCUAUCAGAUCCGCUGCGGGUAUCCGCGCCGCAUCAUCGGCAACUUCCUCUGCAAGUCCUACCGCUUCCUUAACAUGAUCUGCUUCAGAGGAUUCAUGGCGGUGCCGUUCCUAUUCGAGCUGCGUACAUUGAUGGAUUGGAUCUGGACAGACACGUCGAUGACACUCAUGGACUGGCUCAAAAUGGAGGAUAUUUUCGCCAGUGUUUUCUUACUCAAGUGCUCGCGCUACGUAGAGGACGAGUUCCCACAACCGCGCGGCGCUAAGAAGUCAACUACGUCUAAAUAUCUACUAGGCGGGGGUGUUCUUGCCUUUGUCAUCGCCAUCAUCUGGUUUCCACUUGUCUUCUUCGCUUUUGGCAAUUCUGUUGGGCAGCCAAACCCGCCGACGGAUGUGACUGUAAAAAUUAGAAUCGGACCGUUCCUCCCCGUGUAUCAGAUGUCAGCGCAGUCACAUAACAUUGACGUUUACACGGAGGCGGACUACACGCAGCUAAGUAACCAGUACGUGCGCGACCGCACGGCGCAGACGUUCCUGUCCAAUUACAUGUACAACGAUAUAGCGGUUAUCACCAUCAACCCUAAUUCCACCAUGAAAUGGAUGAUAUCGCCGCCUGAGCUCGCGAGACUUGAGCGGGAGGCCAUUUCGAAUGCUUCUUUAUCUGUAAAAUUCACGUAUGUGGUAACGCAUCCGAGCAACAACGCACAGAACCCGCCCACAAUUGAGAACAACCGGGAAGUUCCUUUAGACUCCUUUAUCGACGGGAAACCAAACCCGGAACGAAAGACGCUGUUAGAAAUGUUGACGGACACCGCACCGCCUACCGCAUGGCUCAACGUGAACUUGCUGUUCCCGAAAUUCGUCAAAGUCUUCAACAAAGGUACGACCAAGCCGGCGUACCAGUUGAUGCCACCAAUAGCAGCUAAUGAACCCGACGACGCGCGUUACUACCGCGACGUGCAACUUCGGCUGGAGAGAGAGGGCGGGACCAUGUACUGGCGAGUGCGGGAAGCUUGCCAGGAAAAAGACCCUCUCGCUUCAAUCCCAAUGAACAACUGUGACAUGCUGGUCAUGUACACCUUCAACGACAAACUCUUCCCGGAGACGCUUAACUUCAUAUCGGGAGGCGGUAUAAUAGGGUUGUAUACCACGUUCGUGUUCCUGGCUUCGCGCGUGCUGCGCGGCUUCUUCUCAGGCAUCUACACUAAGAUCAUGUUCGACGACCUGCCCAAUGUCGACCGCGUGCUGCAGCUCUGCCUCGACAUCUACUUGGUUCGCGAGGCUCUGGAAUUGUCUCUGGAAGAAGACUUAUUCGCGAAACUCGUGUUCCUGUAUCGAUCGCCGGAGACUAUGAUCAAAUGGAGCCGGCCCAAGGACGAGGACGGCCAGGAACAGAGGGCGCUGCCGGCGCCGCAGUGAACCAAUUCGAAGUUUCACAUGGAUUCAAAGUCAAGAUAUGCCAUAUAAACUUGUAUUCCCACGGUUUCAGAGCUCCAAGUGUAUGUCUUCAAGUAAAAAAAAAUAGUGCUUAGGAAGAAGUAAAACUUCUUUGACGUUGUGACAAAUAUUGCGAUUCAAUAAUAAAUAAAUAAAUAAAAAGAUUCCUACGAAUUUAGAAAUUUCUCCUAUUUUGAAGUUGGUUAAAAUCAAUAAAAUUCAUGUUAGAAUUAAAAAAAAUAGAGUUUUUAAUCUAUGGCACUAGCUACUAUGUAUUUUAUAACGCCGUGGUAGAAAAUGGUGGCCUCAAAACAGCUCUGUUCUGUCUGGCGGCCAUUUUAAAUACGGACUAAAGUAACGUUCGCGUCAGUUCCAACGAAAUAGAUCCGACUUAUUCUUCGCGCCUAAAGAAGUUUUACUUCAAAAACGUACGAGAUUUGUAUGGAAAUAUCAAAUCAUGUUUGCCGUGAUGCGGCCACGUAUUCGCUAUGAUAUUUAAAAGGUACUGCAAUUUAUGACGUCAAACUUGAUAGUGCUUGUUUGAAGUAGGUAUGUUUGAUGCGAAGAAAUGCAUUACGCGGGUACUUACAAUUUUAAUAUCAAUAGAAAAUUAGCUUCAGGACCCAUUCC